ACGGUGCCAGGCUGGGCUUUACCCCCGGGACCCUCACACCGCCACCACCGAGGAGUUCCGGGCACAAGGGGUGUCCCGGCCCUAGCUGUCCCCAUGGCCCACAGCCGGGCCGAUCCCGGGCUGCCCCGGCCCAGCUCCCUCUCCCGGCCUGGCGCGCUCCGUGCCCUGCCAUCUUGCGCCUGUGAAUAAUUCACCGUCCCUGUCCCCGUUGUUUCCUUGCAGGUAUUUAUAGCCCGUGAUCACGUCUCCUUGGAGGCAGCUCGCUCGGCCGCCGUGUAAAUUUAGCUCCCGUCGUCUCUCACAUGUCAUGCCCUCCAGCCCUUGCAGGAGCCCUUCCAUGCGGGCCCGGAGCCCGCACGUCCCCCUCCAUCGCUGCCCCACGGCUGGGCAGCGGUGCUGGCCGUGCCGUGCCGUGCCGUGCCCGGUGUGCCCCGGAGGCCGGGGCAGCUCGGCUUCCCUCCGGCAGCUGCGCGGGGCCACCGAGCCCUUCAGCUGCCGCGGCACGGGGGACGCUUUGAAAUUCCUGGGCUGCCAUCUGUGCUAUGCAAAUGCCCCGAUCUGACGGCUGCUGCGGACCCGCUUCCGGACCCAGCGCUGGAGCUGUUGUUAUCCCGCUGCUCGUCCCGGAGCCACGUUCGAGGAGCACGAACAUCGCCCUUCUCCUGCCGCCCCCUUGACAGCCAGCCCUGUGCUCUGCCCAGUGAGGAGGGAACGGGGCAGCUCUGCCCUCGGCGGGUGGAUGCUUCUUCCACGAGGUCACCUCCAGUCCCCAGGGUGCUCGGCCUGGCUGCCGGUGUCACGGUGCCCCUGUCCUCGCCGGGAUACGGAGCCAGGCCCGGGACUGCAGCACACGGGCCGGCUGUGCUGUGCACAGGCUUCGUUGGCUCUGACAUGUGAUCCUCGCUACAGGAAGGACGCGGCGAAUGCGUCGUCCCCCGGGGCUGCCUGCCUCGACCUUGUGGGAAGAGGUCAUGAGCAAGGAUGUCCCACAUCCUCCUUGAAAAUGCCAGUGAAAUGCUCCCCUUUUCCUGCGCCAGCAGCGUGCUGUGGAUUCCCAGGUGUCUCCAAGCAUCCCGAGUGCUCCAGAGCACUCAUUGCUGGAGGUCUUGCCGAUGAACCUCAUGGAAAAUUGCGUGUUGCCUGCCUGGAAUUCCCUGCCUGGUGCCAACUCGGGGUAUAUUUAAGCGAGUGUCACACCCGGCCACCGAGGGCUGCAUCGGCAGCACCGUCUGCACCCACGCAGCCCAGGGCAAACGCUUGGCCGGAGGAAGUGAAGCAAGAGCUGGUUUACACCUAUAGGGACGGACCAGCACUGGCUCCAUCGCCGAUCCCCGCCGCCACGGGGAGCAUCACUCCGCUGCUCUUCCUCCCCUCGCUCCUUCGGAAGACGCGGGUAAUAAUCCCCAUCACCUAUUUGCGAGGCUGUUGUGAAUUUUCAUGAGCUCCCAUCUGAACGGGGCUUUGAGCAGGAAAACUGCUGUAUCAGCUCUAGGCAAUGAUAAACAAUACUCAGCAUUUACAUAUUCAAAGCACUUUGAUUAACUCUUGGGGUUUGAGGACUUGAGUCGAUUCCCACCCGACCGUAAUGGCAGCUGGACGGGGCGAGGGACGGCGCUGGGGGAGAGCUGAGGGGAGAGCUGGGGGUUCACUCCGCCGGGAGAAACCCCCGACAAAGUCACGCAAAGCACCUCCUGCCUUAAAUCCCUGCCUGGAACGGAGGAAAAAUAAAUCCGGCUGGUCCCCGCCUGCGGGAAGGGGCAGAUCCCGCCAUGCGGAGCGGGCGCCGAGCUGGAGUAUCAGCGGUUCUGCCGCAGACGCUGUAACCAGGUGUUAAAUAGCUGUGAAAUGCUAACUUGAUUCAUGCAGGAAUUGCCAAAUAAAGGA